AAGUUUUUGUUUUAAACAUGUACGAAUAAACGACAGCCCAUUUAGCAGAUGUGCACUUUUCACAUAGCGUGGAGGUCUUGUUGACCUUCUGAACAAUCCAAAGCAAGAUUAGAUACAAUCGUACAACACGCAUUCAUCAAGAUCUUUAACCCCGCGCGAUCCUCAAUUCGCACCUUGCGUACGAACGGCCCGUUCUAUUUGCAAUUGGCUUAAUUCUUAUCCGCCUGUCCUGCUCCGGUAUGUUUAAAUUAACCCAUCAAGCAUCAGACCUACACAUCUUACCUUACCGGACAAAGCGAUAUCUUAUCAUCAGUCAGCUCGCGCUGCCCAACAUCAUUCCAGUAGAAACUGCCUAGUUUCAUAUCGAAUGCUGGCACAUAUCAGUGUGUACGAUCGUUGAAAGAUGAGCCCAAUGGAUUCUAGAGAGCAAGAAAAUGUUGAAAAGCAUCCGAUCGCUAGUGAUAGUGAUCUGCCAGAAGGAUUAACGCUCGUCACACGUGUGGUGAAUAAAAUUGGUCAGCGAAAUGUGCGCACUAGCAAUUUACCGCAAAGAUCGAUUCGUUUUGUGAAGGAUCUAGUGACAACACUGGUAGAAGAACGAUGGCGUUACGCAUUGCUCGUCUUUGUCGCCAGCUACGUCGGAAGCUGGGUGUUGUUCGCCGGUCUGUGGUACAUUCUAUCCUACGCGCACGGCGAUCUACUUCAAGAUCCAGCUACCGGUGAGCGGCUAGGAGACGGUGCUAUGCCCUGCGUAGAUGGUGCGACUACAUUCCCCGGUUUCCUGCUAUUCAGCAUGGAAACGCAAAUAUCCACGGGAUACGGUGCGAAAGUUCCAACCGAGGAAUGUCCGGAAUCGUUCGGAUUACUUACGAUUCAACUGAUCGUAGGGUUGCUGAUCGACGGUGCAAUACUCGGUGUGGUGUACGCGAAGUUGGUCCGUCCACCGCAGAAGAUAUCCGAGAUGAAGUUUAGCCGACGAGCCGUUAUCUGUCAGCGGGAUGGGCAGCUUUGCUUCGUUUUUCGCAUCUGCGAUCGGAAAUGGCAGCAUGCGAUCGAGACGAAAGUGACGGCCGUUAUGCUCGAAUCAAAGCGAACCACCGAAGGGGAGCUGAUCGAAAAGCACGAAUCAUAUCUGAAGCUGGAGAAUGACGGUCGGUUAGUGUUGCUAUGGCCGGUUACCGCUUGCCAUGUGAUCGAUCGCGAUAGCCCGCUGUACGAUCUGUCGGCAGCGGAACUGCUCGAGCGCAAGCUGGAAAUCGUGAUUACGAUUACGGGCGGUACGAUGACGACGGGACAAAUUAAUCAGGCGCGCACCUCGUACGUACCGUCGGAGAUUUGCUGGGGUCACCGGUUCUGUAAUAUCGUGGAAUACGACACACGAAAGCAAGCGUAUGUGGCCGUAAACGAACGAAUGCAUGAUAUCGAGCCGGUCGAUACACCGCUUUGCAGUGCGCAUCAGUUGGACAUUCUAAAGAAGCGGUUUCAAAACGAUGUGAAUGUGGGAAAUCAAACAGAAGAUGCUUCUGCAGGCAAGCGUCAAUCAACUGUUGCUUAGUAUCUUUCAAAAUUGUAAUGGAUUCAAAAUAAUUAAUGCAGAACAAAAUAUAUAUAUUACAGACAUUUUACAACUAUAAGGAGCAACAGAAUAUAGCAAAUGUUUACAUAAAUAUCCAAUACAUUUGAGCACAAUCUUGCUGAA